CGGUGUCUGUCUUUGCACGGUGAAUAAAAGGAACGGCGGCAACGGGAUGCAGUUGAGCUCUACGGCUCUACGCUCCAACAGGAGACCCGAUUCCGGUAGGCUUACGAGUUCAAGUUGUCUGCAAUUCCGACUUCCAUACUUCCAGUAGUUUUCGAUCAAAUGCCUGAUGAAUAGAUAUAUAGAAACAAAUCCAGAAUUGUUCCCGAUUCUAUUUUGUUCUAGUAAUAAUAAGAUCGAUUCCAGACUCCUUCCCAGAUGGAGGAGGGCGCAACGGCGGCGGCCUACCUCCCCGACGACCUCGUCGUCGACAUCCUCGCGCGGCUGCCGGCCAAGUCGCUCUGCCGCUUCAAGUGCGUCUCCCGACGCUGGCGCGCCCUCAUCUCCGACAGGUGUUCUUCCGCGCAGACCCUGUCGGGCUUCUUCUUCACCUCCCGUGGCCCCGCCUGGCGCUUCACCGGCCUGCCGUCGUCGUCCGUUACUCCUCCUCCGGGUGGAGCCGGUGGCCUGCCUCCGGUGGUGGACGCGGCUCUCUCCUUCCUCCCCCCAAGCUGCGUGGAGCGGGAGAUCGAGAUGCUGGACUCGUGCAACGGGCUCCUCCUCCUGCUCUGCUCGGACGAGUGCCCGUGCCGUCCCCCGCCGGCAUUCUACGUCGUCUGCAACCCCGCCACCGGCGAGUGGGUGGCCUUGCCGCAACCCAAGUACACCCCCGGGGACCAAACCUGGUGCUGGGAUUUCGAGGGGGAUCGCGUGAUCACCUGGUACGCUGCGGUAGGCUUCGAUCCGGCCAUCUCCUCGCAUUUCUACGUGUUCCAGGUGGUGGAGGCGAAUUACAACACGCAUCAUUGCCUUGAGGCGGUGGAGAUCUACUCAUCGGAAACUGGCACAUGGGUUCUCAGCAAAAAGGGACGGGAUGAUGGAGGCUUCAACUUCAUGUACCACAUGACCUACUUCAAUGGCUCCCUACACCUUACCACCGACUCCGACGCAGUCGCGUCGGUGGACGCCAAGGGUCGGCCAUGGAGGAUCACCCACGUGCUGGGCCGUCAGGGUGCGGACGAUCAUCGCCGCUAUGGACGUCGUGGUUACAUUGGCCAUUCUCGAGGGCGCUUGCUUUACCUCGACGACGUCCGCAAGGAUGAUGUCAUGUCGAUCUACGUUCUUGAGGAUGAGGACAGCGGGGAGUGGACCCUUAUGCGCCGUGUUAGCAAGAAGGAUCUCCUUUUUGAGCCGUGGAAGCACGUGCUGAAACCAACCUACUACAAAGCUGGAUUCCAUCCGAACGGCGAUUUGAUUUUCUUCUACGACCGGACACGGGCGAGGCUCAUCUCCUAUGAUUGGAGUCGCGGCGAUUGGCGUGUUGUCUGCACGCUCACAGACUUCGAGCAUGCCCAUCGCGCAUUUUCCCCAUAUGUUCCAUGGUACUCUGGGGGAUUGGCAUCACAACAAAUAGCAACUAGAAGUUCUUCACAUUCUCCACUAGAAGGCUGAUCUGUGGUUGAUCGGUUUUGUGUUGGAAGAAUUAUUUGUAAUGAUCUUUGGUUUCAUUGCUCAGAUUAAAUAAUAAGAUGACAGAAUUAG